AUUCUCCCAACACCGCCACCUCCCAGGACCUAACCACGUCCGGGGAGGCGAAACAGCGGGGGAGGGUAAAAAAGUCAUUAAGAAAAAAAGGCCCGCGGGUUCGUCGGGUCUGAGGAGGAGGACGGGGAAGAAGGACCGGCACAGCAAGAUCUGCACGGCGCAAGGGGUUAGGGACCGGCGGAUGCGGCUGUCGCUGCACGUUGCAAGAAGGUUCUUUGACCUCCAAGACAUGUUAGGGUUUGACAAGGCCAGUAAAACCAUUGAGUGGCUUCUGUCCAAGUCCGAGUGUGCAAUCAGAGAGCUCAUCACAUCUCCAUCUAGUUGCAGUGAAGAAGGGAACAAUAAUAAGAGCGAAGCGACCGAGGGCAAAAACGUCUUUUUCGGGAAAAACGAGCCGAUGGAGAGAACUAAAGAGAAGGCGAUGGUGUAUGAACAUUGUUCAAACCCUACAAUGAUAAGCCCUUUUGAAGAAAAGGAAGAAGAAGGUGAUUACAAUAUGAUUAUUACCAACAAUGGCAACUUCAUGGGGUUUCUUGGGAAUUGGGAGAUGGCUCCAUUUUGAUUCAGGUAAAAAUAUUACUAAAGCAUAAGGGUAAUCUUCACAAGUAAAUCUCACUUUAGAGAGUUUUCAAGAUGAAGGUCAUCUUUUUUUCUUCUUCUUUUGUAAAAUAAAAAUUAAUUAAACCCUCAUCAUUUCUUUGGGAAGUACUCCUACAUUUAAUUUCUUUAUUUCGAGCAUGUGGACCGAGAAAAACAUUUAUCCUCCAAUAAAUACUGGACUUUAAU